AUGGAGGCUUUGAGUCGUCUGUUGUCUAAGGCCGUGCUUAAAGGUUUGGUGAAGGGUUUUAGUGUGGAGUCUCCGACUGGGACAGCAAUUGGGGUGUCUCAUUUGUUGUAUGCUAAUGAUACUUUGGUUUUUUGUGAUGCGAAUGCGGAACAAGUAGGGUUCCUUCAUUGUGUUCUACUUUGUUUUAAGGCAGUUUCAGGCUUGCGGAUUAAUUUAAGCAAGUCAAGGUUGAUCCCGGUGGGGGAAGUUGAGCGUUUGCCUGUGGUAGCAGUGAUUUUAGGCUGUAAGGUAGCAACUUUACCAAUGACUUACUUGGGAUUGCUGUUGGGUGCUACCUUCAAGGCGACAGGGGUUUGGGAUAGAGUGGUGGAACGGGUUCAACGUUGUUUGGCUGGAUGGAAACAACAAUACUUAUCGAAAGGGGGAAUGUUAACAUUGAUUAAGAGUGUGUUGAGCAGUAUUCCGACCUACUUUAUGUCUUUGCAUGUUAUUCUUGCAUCUGUGGUUGCUCGUCUACAGAAACUUCAGAGGGACUUUCUGUGGGGAGAUGGAGGAGAAGAUUUUAAAUAUCACUUGGUUGAUUGGAGACGGAUUUGCCAACCUAAGGAGGUGGGCGGUUUGGGGGUGCGAAGUGUGGUGCAGUUUAAUCGAGCGUUGUUAGGGAAGUGGUUGUGGCGGUUUGUUAGAGAACGGGAUCGCUUAUGGCGUCGGGUGGUGGCUUCUAAGUUUGGGGUGGUUGCAGGGGAUUGA